ACUCGGAGCUCCAGGCCGCCCUCAUCGCGCUCUUCUCCGAGCUCCUCUACCGCUUCCCCAACCUGUUGGUGGCCCAGGUGACAAGGGACAGCGUGCAGGCGGCCAUCGCCAACGGCAUCAGCGCCGAGCAGAUCAUCCACUUCCUGCGCACCCGGGCCCACCCCGUCAUGGCCAAGCAGGUGGGUACCCGGACGCCUGGGCCCCUUUUGGGGGGGUACCCGGACGCCUGGGCCCCUUUUGGGGUACCCGGACGCCUGGGCCCUUUUAGGGGGUACCCGGAUGCCUGGGCCCCUUUGGGGGGUGUCCUGUACAGCCAGUUCCUGUCCCAAGGGGACUUCGAGCUGCUCCGGGGUCACGCUCUGUCCCCAUUGUCCCCAGGUGUCCCCAUUGUCCCCACGGUUGGAUACACUGGUGUUGUCCCCAUUGUCCCCCGGUGUCCGGUCAACGUCAAUGUCAUUGGAAUCAACGUCAAUGUCAUUGGAGUCAACGUCAAUGUCAUUGGAGUCAACGUCAAUGUCAUUGGAGUCAACAUCAACGGUAACACCAUCAAUAGCAUCGACGUCAACGGCAUCGGCGUCAACGCCAAUGUCAUUGGAAUCAACAUCAAUGUCAUUGGAAUCAAUAUCAACGGCAACACCGUCAACGGCAUCGACGUCAAUGUCAUCGGAAUCGACGUCAAUGUCAUCGGAAUCAACGUCAAUGUCAUUGGAAUCAAUGUCAUUGUCAUUGGAAUCAACAGCAUCAGCGUCAACAUCAACGGCAUUGGCGUCACUGUCAUCGGCGUCAACAUCAAUGUCAUUGGAAUCAACGUCAAUGUCAUUGGAAUCAAUGUCAAUGUCAUCGGAAUCAAUGUCAAUGUCAUCGGAAUCAACGUCAAUGUCAUCGGAAUCAACGGCAUCGGCGUCACCGUCACCGGCGUCAAUGGCAUCGGGGUCAACGUCAAUGUCAUUGGAAUCAACGUCAAUGUCAUUGGAAUCAACGUCAAUGUCAUUGGAAUCCAGAGCGCCGUCACCGGCGACGGCGUCAACGUCAAUGUCAUUGGAAUCGACAUCAACGGCAACACCGUCAACGGCAUCGAUGUCAAUGUCAUUGGAAUCAACGUCAUCGUCAUCGGAAUCAACGUCAAUGUCAUCGGAAUCAACAUCAGUGUCAAUGUCAAUGUCGGCAUUGGCGUCACCGUCAACGGCAUCGGCGUCAAUGGCAUCGGUGUCAACGUCAAUGUCAUUGGAAUCAACGUCAAUGUCAUUGGAGUCAACGUCAAUGUCAUUGGAGUCAACAUCAACGGUAACACCAUCAAUAGCAUCGACGUCAACGGCAUCGGCGUCAACGCCAAUGUCAUUGGAAUCAACAUCAAUGUCAUUGGAAUCAACAUCAACAGCAACACCGUCAACGGCAUCGACGUCAAUGUCAUCAGAAUCAACGUCAAUGUCAUCGGAAUCAACGUCAAUGUCAUUGGAAUCAAUGGCAUCGGCGUCACCGUCACCGGCGUCAAUGGCAUUGGUGUCAACGUCAAUGUCAUUGGAAUCAACGUCAAUGUCAUUGGAGUCAACAUCAACGGUAACACCAUCAAUGGCAUCGACGUCAACGGCAUUGGGGUCAACGUCAAUGUCAUUGGAAUCAACGUCAAUGUCAUUGGAAUCAACGGCAUCGGUGUCAACAUCAACGGCAUCGACGUCAAUGGCAUCGGUGUCAAUGUCAAUGUCAUUGGAAUCAACAGCAACGGCGUCACCGGCACCGGCAUCAAUGGCAUUGGCAUCAGCGUCAAUGUCAUUGGAAUCAACGUCAUCGGCGUCACCGUCAACGGCCACAGCAUCAACGUCAUCAGCGUCAACGUCAACAGCAUCGGUGUCAUGUCAACAUCAACGGCAUCGACGUCAAUGGCAUCGGUGUCAAUGUCAAUGUCAUUGGAAUCAACAGCAACGGCGUCACCGGCACCGGCAUCAAUGGCAUUGGCAUCAGCGUCAAUGUCAUUGGAAUCAACGUCAUCGGCGUCACCGUCAACGGCCACAGCAUCAACGUCAUCAGCGUCAACCGUCACCAUCAUUGUCAUUGGAAUCGACGUCAUCGGCGCCAUCGCCAACGGCAUCGGCGGCACCGGCAUUGCCGGGUAUCCCGAUCCCGGGGUGAUUCCGGAUCCCCAUUCCGG